AUGAGCUGCUUGGAUGUGAUGUACCAAGUGUUUGGUCCUCAGCCUUAUUUCAGCUCCUACAACCCCUAUCACCACCAGAAACUGGCUUUUUAUUCCAAAAUGCAAGACCCCCAGGAGAGCGGCAGCCGGCACGGCCUGCACCCGGCCAUUAAGGAGGAGGACAAGGAGCCGCCACCGGGUGCCGAGUACCUGAGCUCCCGCUGCGUCCUCUUCACCUACUUCCAAGGAGACAUCAGCGCCGUGGUGGACGAACACUUCAGUCGAGCCCUCAGCCAGCCGGCCGCAUAUCCCGCCUCAGCCAGCAACAAGGCUGCCAGAGAUGGAUCAUUCCCUAUGAGCCAGAGAAGUUUCCCUCCUUCGUUCUGGAACAGCUCCUACCAGCCGUCGGUGUCCUCCACGUUGGGCAGCGCUCUGUCGGCUCCCCACACAGAGCUCUCCUUCCCUGGGGACCCUUACUCCUCCGCCUCCCUGCACAGCCACCUCCACCAGCCCAGCCCUGAUGCCUGGCACCCCUCCCAUCACCACCACCAUCACCACCACCACCACCCGUACUCGCUAGGGGGCGCUAUAGGCACCCAGGGCUCGGCCUACCCGCGCCCGGCGGUGCACGAGGUCUACAGCACGGCGUUUGACCCACGCUACGGCUCGCUACUGGUGCCGUCGGUGAGGCCCCACCACCGUUUGGCUCCCGGCAGUUCGGUACCGGGGCCCAGCGCCUCACCAUGUGACCUUGGGGGGAAGGGGGACUCGGGGGCUGGGACGGCCUGGAGCGGUGCUUUCACUGGAGCCGGAGCUGAGAUUGGACUCAACAUGGACACAGGUCUGCAGGCGCAGGAUAAGAGCAAGGAUUUGUACUGGUUUUAG